CUCGUAGAUCAUAGCAGAAACGGACAACGGCGCGGCGAUUCCUUGCGUGACCACAUAUGACGGCCAGAUGAAUGCAUGUGACAGCAACGAGUCAUUGCUGGGGAUGGUCCAGGACAUGGCCAGCCGACUCAAGCAGAAGCAUAUGGACGUCGAAGCUGUCGGGUGUCUCGAGCAAGGGUUGUGGCUCAAGUGGCGACUGCUGGGGCCACAGCAUGCGGACGUCCAUCGGUCAUUGCAGGAGGUUGUUGCCUUGUACAACCAGCACGCCAUGGAGCAGCUAAGCGCGAACGACGUCGACAGGUGCCUCGAGCUGCUACAAAAAGCAGACCGGUUGGCAUCAUCGGACAAGUUCACAUACACUGAAUCCCUGCGCAUUCUCACGUACAACAACCUCGGCUGUUGCUAUCGACGGCUGAAUAAGUUACCCAAAGCACUCAAGUACCUCGACGCUGCAGCCGCCAUCGGCGCCGAGACCACUCACGUGAAGAACUUGUCCAUUACGUACCUCAACCUGUGUGCGAUCCACUCGCAGAUGGGGCGGCACGACACAGCACUGGAGCAUGCCCAGUCUGCCAUCUUCCACGCCCAAGAGGAGCUCGUCGUGGAGAAAGUGGAGGCAGACGACGACGACGAAACAAAGGAUCUGCUGGACACCCCCACGACGACCGAGGAAAAGAUUGUUGGAUUGGCCAUAGCCUACCACAACAUGGGCGUGGAGCUCGAACACAACGAAAAGGCCGACGCCAGCUUGCAAUGGUAUAAGAAAGCGCUGCAAUUGAUUUUCAAGUACAAAACAUCCAACCCAGAAUUGUGGCACACGUUCAAAGCUACGUUUGACGCGGCAAAACAGAAAUCUCACCGCGCCACGCACGUAUCGCCAACAAAGCCAUCGGCAGCCCACAUCACAACCAGGGCAUCUCGAUCGUCAGUUAGUCACCCGUCGUUUUCAUUCGAACAUUCCCGGAUUGCAACGGGUACCUCCACGAUUACGACUCCAACGCCCCCCGGAAAUCGAAAACCACAUCGACAGCAAGUCCAGCCAAGUACCUCCAAGACAUCGUACGGGGCUGCCCAACAAGUAUACAACAAGCCAUCGAAGCCUCCCAUGACGGCAGCGCGGCCCACGUCCGCUCGCCCCCGAACGGCCGCCCCAAAGGCAACCGCAUCCGCCUUGCACAAUACCGACCAUUCCUCUCGCCUUCCCCUCUCCAUCGCAACCUCUCCGCCAAAACGAACCCCCAUAUCGACUUUGCCGUCGCGAGCCCCCCCCUCCAAACUCUAUCGGACUCGUCCUCCGACAGCCAAACCAGUGGAUCCCCCCAAGAUCGCCCCCACAUUUGCCCAUCUUCGACCCAAAAGCGCCCGGCCAUCGCAACGUCUUCGCCAUGCAGUUCAAGCCUCCCGAAGUCCCGUAAACAACGACGAUGACGACGUGGUCGAAGUGUUUGACGACGACGAAGACGAGGAGGAUGUGUUGCAAGUGUUUGACACAGUACAACGAGUGGACGUCCGACGCCCGAUCAAACCAACCCCACCUGUUCCGUGUACAUUCGAUGCAGUGGCUGUCGUGAAGGAGGACGUUCCAGUAGUAGUCCCCGAACGCGUCUCACACGUGGCCUACUUGAAGCAACUCAAGCAUUCCAUUGAUGCAAAUGUAUCGCCCACGGCAUGUGUGGACAUUACACGCCGCCACAAGCUGGCAAUGGACGUGCAGCGUGUGCGGCGGGUGGCAUCCGUGCGGCUACAAGCGCUGUGCAGAGGCCACUUGGUCCGUCUGCGCUCGGCGGUCGCCCAGAAACAGCGCGAUGCACAACAUGCCAAGGAGCUCGAAGCGGCCCGGCAAUUGCAAGCUCGCCUUCGGGGGGGAGGAGACCGGCAUUUGUGUCUCAUGACCACGCGAAUGGACAUGGAGGUGGCUAGGAUACACGUCACGGCGGCCACGCGAAUGCAAGCGGUGUGGCGGGGGUCUAGAAAGAGAAGACGAAGGUGUACCCAUGAUCAGCCUACAUCUUGGAGCCUAGACUUGGCAUGUAGCCGCACGACAGGGCAAAGUCAGGUGAUGGAUGAUAGAGCUGACAUUGAGUCUACGACGGCUCUUGCUACGACGGGAGACAUCACGACAGACAAAGCUAAAGUAGCGUUGGAACGACGGAGGUUGCUGGAUGCCACUGUGCAAAGAGAGCGGUUACGACAAGAAGCAAGUCGACUAGAGGCAGAGCGGAAGCUAGUGGAAGAGGCCACGAAAGCUGAAACCACGCGGCUUGAGCUUGAAGCGAUCAAACUCGAGGCAGACAAGCGCAAGCUACGCGAACUGGCGGAACACCAGCGUGAAGAAGCAAUAAGGCAAGCACAGGCUAGGCGUCAACUGGAGGAAGCUGCACGGGCAGACGAAUCAGCAAGACAGCGUGAGAUAGAGCUGGAAAUAGCCAAAUUCGAAGCCCUGCGCAAAGAGACGGCACGUUUGGAAGAGGAGAGACUUAGGCAAGCCAAGGCUUAUGCUGAAGCUGAACAACGGCGCUUGGCAGAACUCGCCCGACUUGAGGCAGAAAGAAGAGUGACGCUCGAAGGCGAGAUGAAACGCGAGCAAGAGGAACGAAGACUGGGCGAAGCUACGGCCAAAGCAAAAGCAGAAGCGGACGAGGCUGAACAGCGGCGGCGGCAGCUGGACAAAGUUAUGAAGGCUGAACAAUUGGAAGCACAACGACUGCAGGUGGAGCUAACGGCCAUAGCUGAAGUCGAACGGAUCCGUAAACUUGAAGCACGCACUUUGGAGAUGGAAAGGGAGCGAGGGGAUGACGCGGUCAAGGUCGAAGCAGCAGCAGCAGCACGCCAAGAAGCUGACCGACGACGACAAGAGGAAGUUGCAAACGCCGAGCAAAGAAAGAAAGAAAGUCGGUUAAAUCAAGUCGCUGCUGAACUGAAAGCAGAAAGACUCAGCCAAGAAUUCAAGGCAGAAGUAGUAGUUGGACGGCAAGAAGAUGCGAAAGCCGAAAUGUUGCGGCUCAAUGAAGCGGUGAAGUUACAAGCUGAAAGGCUGCGGAUGGAUGAACUACUAGCCAAAGCUGAAGCCGACCAAGUCCGGUUGAACAAACUAGCUAACGAAGAAAUAUGGCAUCAAGACGCCACCAUCAUCAACGAAGCGUCACGGCAAAAAACAAUCGAGUUGGACAAGGUAGCCAAAGCGGAAACCGACAGGAUACGACAAGCUGCUAAAGUGGAACCUGAACGACUGGAACGAGAGGCAGAGAGGUGUCGGGUAGACGAGAUUGCUCGGCAUGCUGAACAAGCGUUGUGUGCAGUUCAAACCAGGGCGUUGGCCGCUGGGGUGAUACAAGGGGUGUACAAGGGAGCUGCGGUGCGAACGUCUGCGAUGGUGCAAUUCGCACGAAAACUGUGUCGCAGCUACAUUGUUCAACUUCACGUGAACACGGAAUUGAACCAUGCGCUAGCGAUCGAGUCUUGUGUGAUCGAAAGCGCCGUGCUCAUCCAGAAGCGUGUGCGCGGCAUGCUCUGUCGCAUUCAGCUUGACGCUGCAAAGGAGAGUAAAACUCUAUCAACUUCGUCAUCACCCCAUUUUGCACCACCGGACGCUACGACUGGGGGCUCGACGAAAUCACUGUCACACAGCUACGGUGAAUCGACGUUUUCUAGCCAGUCAUCCGACACACCACCACUUGACAAGCACCCCGUUGUAGCCAGCCUGGCAUCAACGGGUGACAGAUCGUUCCCAUCACCUACAAAGCCAUCGAGUUCCAUCAACCCGGUAGAUGACGCCGUGCGAAGCCAUGUCGAGUUCCUAGCUGCCACCGCCAUUCAAAGCAUCGUCCGUGGCCACCAGAGCCGACUGCUCGCCCUCGCCAGCCAUGCUGGCUUUGACGCUGCCGCCAGAAGGAUCCAACGGAUAGUUCGGUGGAAAACACAAGCAGUUCAAGCGAAAGCCAAACGAGGGCAGUUGAAAGAGUUGCUGCGAGCGGAGAACGUUGCUCGACAGGCACAAGCAACGACCGUAGCAACUCAAACACGACAAGUGCGAGAAUUGGCCGCUGGCGUCAUUCAAGGCGUGUACAAGGGAGCUGCGGUACGAACGUCUGAGAUGACGCAAUUCGCACGCAAACUGUGUCGCAGCUACAUCGUCCAACUUCACGUGAACACGGAAUUGAACCACGCGCUAGCGAUCGAGUCUUGUGUGAUCGAAAGCGCCAUGCUCAUCCAGAAGCAUGUGCGCGGCAUGCUCUGUCGCAUUCAGCUUGACGCUGCAAACGAGAGUAAAACUCCACCAACUUCGACACUUCGCCUUUCACCACCACACACCCUACUUUCAGUGGCGGACAAGUCCACCACUCGCUCAACUCCAUCAAGUUCCAUCGAUCUGCCAGGCGGCGCCAUGCGAAGACAUGUCGAGUCCCUAGCUGCCACCGCCAUACAAAGCAUCGUCCGUGGCCGUCAGAGUCGACUGCUCGCCCUCGCCACUCGUGCUGGCUUUGACGCUGCCGCCAGAAGGAUCCAACGGAUAGUCUUGUUGCACCAGUUGCGGAAUCGAAUAGCAGCCGGUCGUUGUGUGUCGAGCGCGAGCGCGAUGGCCGAGGGCAGGGACCUGUUGUGGGCUACUACUACUGACCAUCCACAGAGUUUGAAUCAGGCCAGCACAACCAGCCACGACAUCGCCGUCCAUCAUGUGGCUGCGUCUGUGAUUCAAGCGGCAGUGGUGAAAGCGUCGCAUCGUCGUCGGCAAGAUGACAACCUCGAACUCGACACGGCUAACCGACUGGCACGGGCGUGCUUAGAUGCUGGCAAGUGUCGUUCUGUGGAUUCCUACGAACAAACGAUAGCCAGUCGACUCGGUCAAGCCGCCUGCUUUGUACCCAUGGAAAUGAAAUCAAUGGACCAAGAUGACGAUCUGAAUAUGGCCCAGCGACUGGCACAUGCGUGUGUGACACUGUUGGCGGGCAAGCACGUACGAAUCUCUGUGCCAAUCAAACAAAGCAGCCAAAACGCGUUGGUCGACACGACUGUGCACACCGUCGCAGCUACUUUUAUUCAAGCAGCUGUCAAGGGAUUCCUAGUUCGACUACAUCAACCACGUGCUGCUUUAGAUAGCUCAAGACACAUCUCAUCAACCAACGAGGCCGUCGUUGCGCCCGACCUUUUGAUCUGCGCCAUAGACUACUCCGAUGACAUCGCCGCCGUCCGCCCCUUGGACGAGCCCGGGGGUGUUGGUGACUUCAACAACGUAUCAAAUGCCAGGAUAGAUGACGUCCUGCCAGAGGCGUCGCCCGUGUCGUCAUCGUCGUCGGGGCGGCUGCUGCAUCAGUACAGCCAAAGCUCGUUUAUAUGUGACACGAAACCUGCGAGCUCCACCAGCCCAUCGGUGCACAGUGACAGCAGCCAUCCAUUGCUUCCGGCGGCCAUAUCCCACACAUCGCUUCUCUCAUCCCAUGCCAGCCAAGCGUCGUUUUACUCCGACCACGAUGGACCAAUGGAGGACGCCUUGACGCCACUCCUUCACACACAGUUCCGAGCUUUCGUGCAGACCGCGUCGCCACCUCCGACAAACGACCUGGAUGUCCAGGACAUGCUGGCGCUCGGCCUCUCGUUCGAGUCGUUCAUGGAAGCGUUCGAGAGCGCGUAUGACGACAUCGGCGUCGCGGCGGCCGCGGAUGCGCUGCGGGUCCUCGCGCAUGAAGAUGGCAAGUGGAAGACCAAGGCGGCAUUGCACCAAGUGGCGACUCUGAUGCAAGCCAAGGCGUGCGAUCCAGACAUUUGGACAGAAGAAGUGAACGCGUGCUGUAUGUGGCUACUGAAGGAACUCCUCGCCAACUAGUUCAACUGUGAUUGUGCCCUUAAUUUAUACCCUCCCUCGGGGCAGCCAUUGUGUGUGAUAAAGCGAGGAAAGUGAAGCGAAGGCACUCGCAAUAAUCUCUGGCGGGUAACAACGAUGAAACGUCCAAUAUGAGGUGGCCACCAAACUACCCAAGUGCUAAAUGCUUGGUUCUGGCAAAUAAAAUAUGCGAUGACGUUGACUGCUUUUAAAAACUACAACUACUCUCAACGGACCAGGAGUAGUACAAUGACCA